AUGGAUUCAUUUAUAGCUGACACUUGCCAGGAGAAAAAAAGAGAAGAAUAUUCUGUGGAUGACUAUUUGGAAUGGGAACAUAACGAGUUUUUGCGAAGUUUGCGAACAGCAUUGCUGCCAGAUACCGCUGAUGGCGACUUUAGAGCGGCUCUCAAUACUGGCAUGUUAGAUGUCGUUCCAGCAUUAUUCAAUGUUCCCCCCCAACCAUCUGGGAGUUGUCAUCGACGUAAUCAAACGAUUGAUUUCGAAGAACGAGUGCAUGUUUAUACGUCAUUUGAAGAUUUAUUGAUUGAUUUGGUAUUGUCUUCUAAAAUUGCCGAAGGAAUGCUUGGACCCAUCUAG